AUGGCGCUGAGAAAGCUGUAUUAUAUGUACACAGCGGCAAAUAGGCACUUGAUUACGCCGAUACAAGCGCCUUUCACCGACUUUAAGAUGCAACGGCAGUUGCGUGUGCUCUCGGCUGAUACACAAAGCAAGAAGUUUGUGGCGCUCAAUUCAAGCGACAAGCCCCGCAUCACUCAUGCUGAAGCUCAGUCAGUCACCGACAAAUCAAACGAUACGGAUGAUUAUGAUAACGAAGAUGCAGAGGAAACUGUGGUGAUCGAUUCAUCGAAUUAUGAGAUCGGCGGGCCUACCCGCGGGGGGAAAUUUAAGGAGCCUACAAGGUUCGGGGACUGGGAGCGAAAGGGCCGUUGCUCAGACUUUUGA